GGUCCCAGGCUGCUCCGCGGCCACGCAUGCUUCCUAACGCGCUUCCUACUCCGCUCCUGCUGGGAUCGGGGCGGCCGGGGCGCUUUUCCCUCAUGGGGUGAGGGUGCCGAUGGCGGCGGCCGCGGCCGCGCUCCAGAAUGGAACAAAUGGUGUUUGGUAUUUCCUGCUUUGGACUGGGCAGACUGGAUUCAGAAAGCACAGAGGCUCAACUCUGAGGCAGAGACCACAUCUGCUACUGGAAUAAGGCACUUGCAGUGGAAAAAAGUAUGUCCUCCUAGUCCCAGGAUAAGUUUGAUUUUGAAUACCGGUGUGCUUUUUAAAGUGACGAUACAAAGGACAAUGCACAGUGUGUAUCCUGAUGACAUUUGGUGUGCUCUGACAUGGCUUUUGUCAUGGCAUCUGAGACUGAAAAGGCCCACGCUCUUCUCCAGACUUUCAGCACAGCUUCAGUUAUUUCCAGUCUAGGUUUGGGGAUAUUCUGCUUCAUAGCAGACAGACUUCUGCAGUUUUCCUUCAUUCAGCAAAAUGACUGGCUCCGAGCCUUCUCUGAUAAUGCAGUGCAUGGUAUACUGGGAAUGUGGUCCUGGGCCAUAGUGAUUGGACUCAGGAAGAAAAGUGACUUCACUGAGGUCACUCUGGCUGGCUUCCUCGCCUCUGUCAUUGACGUGGACCACUUCUUUCUUGCUGGAUCCCUCUCCUUAAAGGCUGCUCUGACUCUUCCACGGAGACCACUUCUUCAUUGUUCUACCAUGAUUCCCGUUGUGGCUCUGACAUUGAAGUUUAUUAUGCACCUUUUCAGGCUUAAGGACUCAUGGUGCUUUCUUCCCUGGAUGUUGUUCAUAUCCUGGACUUCUCAUCAUGUCCGUGAUGGGAUUCGUCAUGGCCUCUGGAUCUGCCCAUUUGGAAAAACUCCUCCUUUGCCAUAUUGGCUGUAUGUGGCAAUUACAGCAUCUUUACCUCACCUGUGUUCAUUCAUCAUGUAUUUAACAGGCACUAGAGAAUUAAUGUCUAUAAAACAUGGAAUUCACAUUGAUGUGUAAGAAUGAUGGCUUUUAAAGGCUGUAUUAUCUCCUGGCUGUCUAUUACUGAAGGGGUUUCUUUCUGUUUCCUACACCUUCCAAGUUAGGCAUUUUAAGGUUGUGGAGCCAGUUACAGCUGUGUCAAUUCCUUGUUGUCAUAGAACCUAUUUAAUGAAUGGUGAUAAUUUUAUAUCUGUACACUUCCCUUGUAAAGCAUGUGAUCUCCCAUGAUAGCUCAUGCAUAGCUAGCUGAUUUAUAAAGUUCUUAGUCUCUCUCUGUAGUAAUUGCAUUUCUGUCAUGGAUUUUAUUGUCAUGGUGCCAUUCUUCUGAUCACCAUUCACUUUGGAUUUGUAUUUUGCCUUUAGAGAAUACAUUUCAAUCUAGAUAGUAUUUGUAUAGCGCUUUAAAAAUAUAAAGUACUAUAUAAAUGCAAAGUAUUACUGGGGAUUUAAUAGUGUAUGGCAGUUGUAAAAAAAAUGUUAGCCUUCUGAAUUUAUUUAUUUGUUAAGAGUCCUGCUGGACUCUUAUAUUGGACUGUUUUAAAAGAAACACUGUCUGUAUUUCACACUGUGCAGCUGUCUACGCACCUCUUCAAACCCUGCUAUCAUGUAGAGUUUUAGUAAAUUCUGUUCCCCUGUAGUUGCUUGGUACUAAAUUUGCAGAUAAUUACUAGCUUCAUGGUUAGAAAAGAGAAGGCAGUUUGGUUAUAGUAUUAUGAUGUGUUGACCAAAUUGUUUUUAAUUUUUAAAAAUACACUAAUUAUGAAUACUAUUGAAUUUGAAACUAAGGAAUUUUAGUAAAUAUUUAAGGGUUGUGUGAAGGCAAACAUUUAUUACAGUAAAACAUAAGCUUUAGGGAAGAUAGAAGAAAAUAAAAAUUGCUCAAAAUGUGUUUGCAAAAAAGACAUUACUGUCUUACUGUACUUGUAAAUGGCAUUUUCCAUUAAGUGCAAUAUCAUCCUCAUAAUUGUUAAAUAAAAUGCAUUAUUAUUAUUAUUAUUAUUAUUAUUAAUUGGGAUGACUGGUUUAAUCAGUACCAGAGACCUACUGUGGCUCUUUGCAGCACACUGUGCUAAUUAUGGAAAAUGUUUUACCCCUUUAAAAUGCGUCUUUCCACCAAAAGAAUAGUCUCCGCACUGUUUGUUCUUCAUGUUAGAAAUGUAUGCUAAUGCAAACUUGUCUGACAGUACAGUUUAGCCUUUAUCAUAAAAUGAAUAAAAGGUUUCUUUCUUGGAAAGAAAAUUGGAAAAGCAGAACAUUCCUUAAAGGGUUAUCCUCAUGCCAUGGAUUUCUGUCUCUUAUAGGGUUCCAGAAACAACAUAAGAAACGUCUUGCUUUAGAGCCCUCAGAGCAAGAACUGUCUUUUAUGCAAAGGCAUGAUGGUUUACUAGAGAAGCACUGCUCAUUCAUUUACUUCUGUCCUGUAUUUUAAACUGCAGGCUAUGAAUGCCAGUAAUGAAUAUAUUUGGUGCAAGGAGUGAACACUGAAGUCCAUGUAGAAAAUUUUCAAUAUUCUUGUUUCAUGGUAUAAUAUUUGUAUAAUUUUGUGCUUUAUCCAGAUUUGUUGCAAAGGGAAAUGCAUAUAGGAACAAAGUGGAGAAUUGCACUUUCUCACUUUCAGACUGUAGCUCUAGCAUUUUUGGUAACUAUGUGUCCACCAAUAGUCCUUAAGAUUGGUACUGUACUGUUCUAGCUAUUUU